AUAUGAGACGCAAUGGAAGCAGGAAUUGUUUGACUAGAAGAAGCAGGUUUGGUUCUCGAGAAAGAGAUUGGCUGAGAGAAGAUGUGAAGAGAGGAUGUGUUUACCUUUAUGGAGCAGAAAUGACCACUGCCACUACAACUAUUACCGCCACCGCCUCCGCCUCUUCCUCCUCCUCCUCCUCCUCCUCGUCUUCUGAAUUGCAUCUUGUCCUUUGCACAGUGGAGACACUGGCAUCUGAAAUAUGUGCUGGAGAGGGAAAGGCAAGCCUUUAUUUGCAGCUUCAUGGAGACCUGGUCCGGAGACUUGAACCUACUGAGCAACCUCUUCAGAUUGUUUAUGAUUACUUGUCCAGACUGGGCUUUGAAGACCCUGUACGUGUGCAGGAGGAGGCCACCAAUCCUGACCUUGGCUGUAUGAUUCGAUUUUAUGGUGAAAAACCAUGCCAGAUGGAUCAUCUGGACCGAAUUCUUCUGUCUGGCAUCUACAGUGUACGCAAGGGAAAGACCCAGCUGCAUAAGUGGGCUGAACGCUUAGUUGUUCUCUGUGGCACCUGCCUGAUUGUUUCCUCAGUAAAGGAUUGUCAGACUGGAAAGAUGCACAUUUUGCCUUUGGUUGGAGGAAAGGUAGAAGAAGUGAAGCGGCGGCAGUACUCACUUGUGUUCAGCUCAGCUGGAUCCCAAGCUCAGACCUAUCAUGUCAGCUUUGAGACUUUGGCUGAGUGUCAGAGGUGGCAACGGCAAGCUUCCAAGGUGGUGUCCCAACGAAUCAGUACAGUUGACCUUUCAUGCUAUAGCCUUGAGGAGGUUCCUGAGCAUCUCUUCUACAGUCAAGAUAUCACCUACCUCAACUUGCGACACAACUUUAUGCAACUAGAAAGACCAGGGGGCCUUGACUCUCUCCACAAAUUUUCUCAGCUGAAGGGCCUGAACUUGGCCCAUAAUAAGCUUGGGUUGUUUCCUACAUUGCUGUGUGAGAUCUCUACGCUGACUGAACUCAACCUUUCCUGUAAUGGAAUUCACAACCUGCCAAGUCAGAUUGGCAACCUGCUCAAUCUUCAAACCCUCUGUCUUGAUGGCAACUUUCUGACUGCUUUACCAGAAGAGUUGGGAAAUCUACAGCAGCUUUCCUCCCUGGGAAUUUCCUUCAACCACUUUUGUCAAAUUCCUGAAGUUUAUGAAAAACUCACUACAUUAGAUAAAGUGGUUAUGGCAGGAAAUCAACUAGAAGUUCUGAACCUAGGGGUGCUAAACCGAAUGAGCCAUAUCAAGCAUGUGGAUUUAAGGAUGAACCAUUUGAAGACCAUAGUUAUUGAAAAUCUGGAGGGAAAUAAAUACAUUACCUAUGUGGAUUUGCGAGACAAUCAACUGACUGACUUAGAUCUUAGCUCUUUAUGUAGCCUGGAGCAGCUACAUUGUGAGCGGAACCACCUGAGGGAGCUAACACUCAGUGGCUUCUCCCUUCGAACUCUGUACGCCAACUCAAACAGGCUGACAGCGGUGAAUGUUUAUCCAGUGCCCAGUCUGCUAACUUCCCUUGAGCUCUCCCGAAACCUACUAGAGUGUGUCCCUGACUGGGCCUGUGAAGCAAAGAAGAUAGAAAUAUUAGAUGUCAGCUAUAAUCUUCUCACAGAUGUUCCCAUGAGAAUUCUGAGUAGCCUGAGUCUGAGAAAAUUGAUGGUGGGACAUAACCAUGUACAAAACCUUCCCAUGCUGAUGGAACACAUCCCCCUGGAGGUGUUGGACAUUCAGCAUAACUUGCUCACUAGGCUGCCAGACACUCUCUUCUCCAAGGCCUUAAACCUCAGGUACUUGAAUGCUUCUGCAAAUAGUUUGGAGUUCCUACCAUCCGCGUGUACUGGGGAGGAGAGUCUGAGUAUGCUGCAACUGCUUUACCUGACCAGCAAUCUCCUGACAGAUCAAUGUAUACCUGUGCUGGUGGGCCACCCGCACCUGCGAAUUUUGCAUCUUGCAAACAACCAACUACAGACUUUUCCAGCAAGUAAACUCAAUAAACUGGAGCAGUUGGAAGAAUUGAACUUAAGUGGCAACAAGCUAAAAACCAUCCCCACGACCAUAGCAAACUGCAAAAGGCUGCAUACCCUUGUGGCACACUCCAACAAUAUCAGCAUUUUCCCAGAAAUACUGCAGUUGCCUCAGAUCCAGUUUGUAGAUCUAAGUUGCAAUGACUUGACAGAGAUCCUGAUUCCAGAAGCUCUUCCUGCUACAUUACAAGACCUUGACCUAACUGGAAAUACAAAUCUGAUUCUAGAACAUAAGACCCUGGACAUAUUUAGCCAUAUCACAACUCUGAAAAUUGAUCAGAAACCUUUGCCAACCACUGAUUCUACAGUCACAUCCACCUUCUGGAGCCAUGGACUGGCUGAGAUGUCUGGGCAGAGAAAUAAGCUAUGUGUGUCUGCCUUAGCUGUGGACAACUUUGCAGAGGGCGUGGGAGCUGUGUAUGGCAUGUUUGAUGGAGACCGGAAUGAGGAGCUUCCUCGCCUGCUGCAGUGUACAAUGGCAGAUGUGCUUUUGGAAGAGGUACAGCAGUCAACAAAUGACACUGUUUUCAUGGCUAACACCUUCUUGGUAUCUCACAGAAAAUUAGGAAUGGCUGGUCAGAAACUGGGCUGCUCUGCUCUCCUGUGCUACAUCAGGCCUGACAGUGCUGAUCCAACGAGUAGUUUUAGCUUGACUGUGGCCAACGUUGGCACGUGCCAGGCAAUCCUGUGCCGAAGUGGGAAACCAGUGUCCCUCUCAAAAGUCUUCAGCCUGGAACAGGACCCAGAGGAGGCACAAAGAGUCAAGGACCAAAAAGCCAUCAUAACAGAGGACAACAAAGUGAAUGGAGUGACCUGCUGUACUCGGAUGCUGGGCUGUACAUACCUCUACCCUUGGAUCCUUCCCAAGCCCCACAUAUCUUCCACUUCACUUACUAUUCAGGAUGAGUUGUUGAUUCUGGGGAACAAAGCACUGUGGGAACACUUGUCCUACACAGAAGCUAUUAAUGCAGUGCGUCAUGUCCAAGACCCAUUAGCAGCUGCCAAGAAGCUGUGCACUUUAGCACAGAGCUAUGGCUGUCAGGACAAUGUGGGGGCCAUGGUGGUUUAUUUGAACAUCGGUGAGGAAGGUUGUACAUGUGAAGUGAAUGGGCUCAGCCUCCCAGGUCCUGUCGGAUUUGCUUCAACCACCAUCAUUAAAGACCCCCCCAAGCCAACCACCCCUUCCUCUAGUAGUGGUAUUGCCUCUGAGUUCAGCAGUGAAAUGUCCACCUCAGAAGUGAGUAGUGAGGUGGGAUCCACGGCUUCUGAUGAACAUAACACUGUCGGCCUGGACACUGGCUUGCUCCCAAGGCCAGAGAGGCGCUGUAGCCUUCACCCAGCCCCGACCGCUGGGAUUUUCCAGCGCCAGCCUUCUUGUGCGACUUUUUCAAGCAAUCAGUCUGACAAUGGCCUGGACAGUGAUGAUGACCAGCCCGUUGAAGGGGUCAUAACAAAUGGCAGCAAGGUAGAAGUGGAAGUAGAUAUCCAUUGCUGUAGAGGUAGAGACCUUGAGAACUUUACUACUUUUAUGGAGAAUUCUCCUACCCUGUUUCCUGAGGAACAUGCUAGAGGUGUGCUUUUUGGGAUCCGAAGACAGAACAGUGUGAACAGUGGCAUACUCCCGCCAGUGAGCAAGGACAGGAUGGAAUUGCAGAAGUCUCCCUCCACGUCCUGUCUCUAUGGAAAGAAGCUCUCCAACGGCUCCAUUGUGCCUCCAGAAGACAGCCUGAACCUCAUUGAAGUGGCCACAGAAGCUCCCAAGAAGAAAACUGGCUAUUUUGCUGCCCCAGCACAGCUGGAGCCCGAGGAUCAGUUUGUUGUACCUCGUGACCUGGAAGAAGAAGUGAAGGAGCAAAUGAAACAGCACCAGGAAUGCAGGCCUGAGCCUGAGCCCAGUGAAGAGGAUCGGACUGAGGUACCAGAGGAGUUUGACACCGCACUGUAAUUCUCCCCAGGAGUCACACUGUUAGAGCAGGCUGUGCAGAGCCUUUGUGCCCCUGCAUUUCUAAACCAGAGAUGAGCCAGGGUAGAAAUUAGAGCCAAAAAGGGGUGAGAGCUAUCAGAGUCUUGCUCUGGAUAAGCCACUAUCAGUGUUAAGUUUUGCAUUUAACCUGUAUUGGGAUUCCCAGAAUUGCUGGGAAGAAAGCACCUGUUCUGCAUCAAUCCUACCACCUGCCAUUAACCCUUUCUCUCCUAGGAUAAUUUUGAGAAUUUGCCUGCCUGGGCAGGAAAGGGACUAUUUCUGUGGAGGAAAUGAGUGAAGAUUGAUUCCCUUUAUUAAUUGCUGCUGAUGGAUCUCUGUGACAGAGAAAUCACCUUAUAUCUCAACCUAACUGAUUCGGGAUGUGAUGUGACUAGUCACAUGGCUUUUCAUUCUUCUCUACGAGAAAACAGCCUAUCAAAAUGAUGUUUAUUGGAAAUGUCGAACCAAUCAAACAGAUAAUUUAUGUAUGUAAUGUAACAAGAGCACUUUUCAUUGACUGUGAAUUUUUUUAUUUUUGAAUCUGCACUCGAGCCAAUUUUCUUAGAGGCAGCCUGACAUCUCUGUCCCCAGGGAGAAAGAGAACCAGGCAUUGGAGCCUUUUGUAAGGGUACUGGGGAAGGCCAUGGGAAAUUGGUUUCCCAGCAGAUCACAAGAGAGGAAUUUUGGGGUUGGUCUCGUCCCAUCACAUAUGAUAGAGUUGGCAGUCACUCUCUUAGUACAUAGGGCCAAGGCUGGUACUGCUUGUGUGCAAACCUUGAGGCACAGCAGGCAACUAAAGAGACUGAGGCUGAGUGAGAACAAAUUAUGGAUGCAUGGAGCUCACGUUAGGCAUGUUUCUUUGCCUACUCUAGAGCAGAGUGAUGGUUUUCUAUUACAUCAGAAGUGAGUUGAGAAUUCACCUUUCAGGUUUUUCAGAGUACUCUUGUGAAAAUUGUUUACCUUACAUGGCUUCAGAGUACUGGGCUCAGUUACUAAGACUCAAUUGAGAAAUUCCUAAGAUUACAGAAAACUUGGUUUACCGUGGUUUUUGCACAUUCCACUUAAUCCUAGCAACACUUCUUUGUAUAUUUCUGUUGCCUUGGCCAUUAUAAAAUUCACUUAGGAAAAUUAAUUCUACUUAAUUCAUAUUAACUUUUGACAUUGCUUGAUUUUACCAAGUGGGAAAUGUGCUUUGGAUUUUUUGGAAUACAUUCACAAUGAAAAAAAAAUAGAGUGAAACCAAUUUUAAUUUGUUUUAUUGGAAACAAUGUUAAAAGAUAAGGGUGGCAUUUAGCCCCUUGCAUUUUUGAAAUUUGUCUUUAAAGCAAUAGUAGAUAACUGAGGACCUGCUCAUAAAUGGGUGUGCAGUUUUCAUCUUCCCCGAGAUUAUAGGUCCAUCAAUGUGUCACUGGCCUGUGCUCUUGAGGGAUUCUGUACCCCUAAAUGACUGUGCAAUGUACAAGCCCUCAAAAUCGGAAUCUGAGUCCUUGAAUAUCAGAAACACUUGACUUCCCUGUGUCAAACUACUGGUAGGAUACUGAAAGAUUCUAGAACUCAGGCCUUUGACUUGUUGGGGGCGGGGUGACUGCUCAUGUAAAUGUAGGUGGGAACAAUAGUGUUUAGUCGCCUUAUUUUUAUGUAAGAUUUGGGGCAGGGGCGGCGAUGAGGAAAAACCCAAGAUGACAGUGAUGGGUAAUGUAAAACAUUGUCCUACCCAGACAAGAACUUUGGAGUAAUAGAAUUGUGAUAGUACCUAGACUUGAAGGUUAUUUUGGGGAAACACCACUUUAAUAAUACAGUCUCAUAAAAUUUGCCAUUUAUCUGUGAAUCUUUUUCUUCUCUGUGUUCCCCACCUUAUCAGAACUACCAUAAAAACCCAGUUCUGAAAUGACCUUACCAGAUAUAAAUAUAUUUAUUUUUUAGUCAAGAAUUCUGAAAUUCAAAAUGUUUUUGUGGUAGAAAGUUAUUUUUAGCAAACACUAGAUUGUAUUGAGAACUUUUAACAAAGCCUACACCAAAAUGGCUUAUUCAUUGAAUUCAUUUCCCUCUACAAUUAAUUGCUGUGUUAAAACAGUGUAAAAAGGCCAUAGCCUGUUACCAAAAAUAUAAUACAGAUUCUUAACUGAUGAGCUAAUUGAGAGAAGUUGUGUGAUCUGAUUAAGCUAUCUGACUUGAAGUCUAGUGAUCCGUCUCCAGGUGAAUGUAAUCGACUUCACAGACCUUAGCUGAGUGGACACUCCCGGGGGCAGAGUCCAGCUGAUCUCUAGCCAGAUUUUGGCCUCUGCAUGAUUCUCAGGUCUCUGUGUGUACCUCCCAUUUCAUUGAGAAACUUAACUGAAUCCUGAAAGAAUAUUGUUGAAUAUGGAAGGAGUUCAUGUGUCCCAUGGACAAGAAAAUACACAAGUCUUGGCAGCAUAGUAUUCUUUGUUUUAUCCAAGUGGAUUGGAAGUAUAUUAGAGAAUUUGAAUAGUGGUAGGCAUAAAGCUACAGUGCUACUAUGGAGUCGUUGAUUACCACUUCUAGUACAUCUGAGGCUUUAUUAUACUACUGUAGAGUGUUUGUGUGGCCGUGUGUGUGCAGUAAGGUAGUGAAUUCCUUUUCCUGGUGUGUAGCAGAGCCGACUGGAGCAGCCUGGCAGUCAUUGGGUGCUACUAUAACUGUUUGUAGUGAGUGCUAUUCUCCAGGAGAUGGCGCCAGAUCGACUGGACAUUAAAUGAUGCUCUUCUUUCCGUGUAGACCUGCCUGCAGCAACAGCAGGUACUUGGGAGCUCACCUUCUCUAUCCAAUAAUUAUUAAUGAAAAGGCCUCCACAAGGGAGCACUUGGCUGUGAUUGAUCAAUGUACCAAUUAUUAAAUAAUUAGUUUCCAAGCCAUUCAGUGAUGCCUGUAACAUCACUAUAGAACUUUAUUGCAUCACUUUUUACUUCCCUCUGGGUGGAGCCUUCUAGGCUCCUGGGUCCUGGAGGCAAGUUUAGUCUUUCUCUCCAGCUAGUGACUUUUGCCCCAUAGUUGGGUAAAUACUUCCUAGAUUGAGAAAAGCAGUUACAGUAAGUAAACCUUGCUGUUUCCCUCAUUUGGUGAUCAUUCAGUCACGCAUAAGCUCCUUGUAUUCUAAAUUUUCAUGCACUUCUCCCAGAUGCUGUAGGGUCGUGUCCCCCCCCCACUGUUGCCAAUGGAUGUCAUCCAGACAGUGGGCUCAUAUUGUAUGGUUUUGUGCAAUCAUUGUUGUAGUCUAAGACUCAUUAUAGUGUAUUUUUGAUAUUUUUGAAAUGUGUUAAAUUUUUUAAUUCAAUAAUAUGAGCCAGAGCAUGUUGCAGCAAAUCUAUUGUUUGUAAAAAAACAAAACAAAAAACCACAAUAACAAUAAAUAAAAUAAAA